GUUAUAUAACACAAAGCUUUUCUAUCACCUUUUGUCUUCAGGAAGAGAAUCUGACAGACAGUGAGAGUAACUAGACAACAGCGGACGUUGCAGUUUAUAAUCCUCCUCUUUGUAUUGGACACAAUGGCAUCAACUUCAUCUGCACCAUUUUCUGUAGCCGAGGCCAGCAACAGGUUCUCUCUGGCUAUGUUCAAACAGCUGAUUGAUACAGAUAAACCAGCGAAUAUCUUCUAUUCUCCGUUCAGCAUCUCUUCAGCUCUGGCUAUGGUGUCACUGGGGGCCCGCGGCAAAACAGCUGAACAGAUGUUAGAGGUCCUUGGCUUUGGAUCUGGAAAUGUACCGAAUGCACCCACUGACCAGCAGAUGCAGAUGCAGAUGAUGAUGCAAACACAGGAGACCAUCCAGCUGUCAUCCUCCCAGAGCCCAGAGACUGGAGUUCCUGAUGUCCAUGUUGAAUUCGGCAAGCUGUUUGCAGAACUAAAUAAUCCAGACAAAGAGUAUACCCUCAGCACUGCCAACAGACUGUACGGGGAGCAGACCCUCAACUUUUCUCAGGACUACCUGGAUGUUCUCACAGAGCAUUACAGAGCUGCUGUGGAGCGUGUGGACUUUAAACAGAAUGCAGAGGGGGUCCGAGUCAACAUCAAUGACUGGGUGGAGAAGGAGACAAAUAAUAAAAUCAAAAACCUGCUGGCUGAGGGCACGGUGACCAGACAGACGGUGCUGGUGCUGGUCAACGCCAUCUACUUCAAGGGAACAUGGAAACAGCAGUUCAAAAAGGAGAAGAGUUACGAUGGUCUCUUUAGGAUAAAUAAGAACGAAAACAAGCCAGUGACAAUGAUGUCUCAGACUGCUCGAUUCAAUUACUACGACGAUAAGGAUUUACAAGUGAUGGUUCUUGAGAUGCCCUACAAAGGGAUGGACCUCAGUAUGCUCAUCUUUUUGCCCAAUGAUAUCGAGGAUGACAGCACAGGCCUGCAGAAGCUGGAGUUGGAACUGACCCAUGAGAAGUUCAUGGAAUUGACUGAUCCGGAUGUGAUGAUCUCGGAUAUGGUGGAUGUGAUGCUUCCUAAAUUCAAGCUGGAGGAAAAUUAUGACCUGAAUGAGGUGCUGCAGAAUAUGGGCAUGGUGGACCUUUUUGAUAGCUCCAAGAGUAACUUGUCUGGAAUGUCUUCGGCGAAAAAUCUCUCCGUGACAAAAGUUGUCCACAAGGCGUUUGUGGAUGUGAAUGAGGAGGGAACGGAGGCGGCCGCAGCCACUGGUGUUGUCAUCGGCGUUACGAGUGUCAGAUUAUCCGUGAGUUUCAAUGCAGACCAUCCCUUCCUCUUCUUCAUCAGACACAACCCCAGCAAGACCAUCCUCUUCUCUGGUCGAUUCUGCAAUCCACAGUAAACACAGUGGAAACAUCCUACAGGCACAGAUAGACAUGAGGGAUGUAUAAAAGGCCCCUCUUGAAUAAGAGCAAGAGCAAUAGCUGCAGAGACACGUUGUUUUUUGGUUGUUUUGUGUCUCGUUGUAGUCAUUUUGAACUCCUCUGUGUCAUUCCUGUGCCCUUUUUUCCCUGUUGUGUUCCACCUUUCAGUUGCUAAUGUCUUCACUUGCAUCAUUAUGCAUCUUUUUCAUAAACUGUGUCUCUCUGUUGGUGGUUUUGUAUCUUUGUAGGGCCGUUUUGUGUCCACACUGGAUGUUUCAUUUCUCUCGAUAAUUGUGCAUCCCCCUUCUGUUUGGGUUGUCUCAAUUUUAUGUAUUUUUUUUUUUAGGUUAGGCUAUUUUUGUAUGGAUAUCUUGUGUCUCUUGUUGUCCCUACUUUCAUCUCUUUUUAUAGUUUUGAGUCAGCUGUUUAUCAUUAUGUUUUCUCUCUGAUAUGAGUUAUCCACUUUCCCUGUUUGGUGUCUUAAUUUUGUGCUUUUUUGUUAUCCCUUGUCUGUGUGUGUGAACGUGGUCUUUCUUUCCUUGGCUUGUGUCCUUUAGGUGCUUUUUUGUUGGUUUGUUUGUUUGUUUGUUUGUUUGUUUGUUUGUUUGUUUAAAGGGGAG